AAACAAGACAUUCUGACAAUUCCAGAAAUUUUUUUAUUUUAUUAGUUUGGAUAUAUAAAAUUAUGUGUGGAAAUUAAAAAAAACAACAAAAAUUUAUUCAAAAACCUAACAAAAAUUGAACAGUAUGGCUAAGGGAAAAGGGAAAGAUGACAAGAAGAAAGGAAAAGGCGAAGAAGAAUCAAAAGAAGAAAAGCCAAAAGAAUCAGAAAAAGCACCAGACUUUUUCCGUCAUCCAUAUGUUCGAUAUUUAGCCUAUGCCCCUGAAUUUGGAAAUGCUUUAGCAACUUUUUCACCUUGUCAUUUCGGUAAAUUUUGGUGCUAUUUUAACAAAAUAACACAGACCUACAUCUUAUUGGAUUCGCUUUCAAAAGGAAAUGCUGCUUAUUUACAGAAUAAAGCAGACGAACAACAAGCCGAAAAGCCGCAUCCAAUAAUGGUGGCUUUAGAUCGAUAUGUUUGGCACAUGUUUGCUUCCGUUAUUCUACCACGAUACUCACUUUAUGGAAUACGCCAAAGUUUAAUAAAAUUUUCCAAUUUUGCAAGAAUCUGUCAAGAACCCAUUCGAACAUAUUUUGUAACAGCAUUGGCAUUAGCAUCAAUACCAGUAAUUAUAAAGCCAAUUGAUGAACUAACAGACCAUAUUAUGGAUAAUUCAUUUAGAAAGAUAUAUGGGCUGGGUGACAAACCAGACGACAAAGAUAAAAAGGACGAAGAUAAAGAUGAUAAGGAUAGCAAGAAGGAUAAAAAGAAAAAAUAAAAUGUAUACUGCAGAAGGCUACAACUGUUUUAAUAUCUCUAUGCCAUGUAAACAAAAAAAAUUUGAAAAAAAUUGAAAUAACCUCAAAUCAAAAAAUUACAAAUCAAAAAUUUUUUAAAGCAGCAUUGGUGAUCACUUGUAAUUUCAUCGUAAAAGUAUUACCCAAUCCUAGAAACAUUUAAAUGUGAUUGUAAUUUUUUGUUUGUCCUUAUUAUUUAGA